AGCGAAAUUCGUACAUGUUUCUUUUCCAAUUAGUUAACUGCUCUUCUUCUUCUCCACUCGCUGUAGGAUUAACUAAACUAUAUUUACUAUAAACUAACUAACCAACUAGUUGGGUUGGGGUGAUAGACGACAGGAGAGGUUAAAUAGCUCGAGUCUUGUGUUUAUCAACACCACCACGUAAAAAAAAUUGUGCCGUGGGUGGCUUUUCAGUUAGGAGGAGGAUUGAAGUUGUAAUCGUUGAAUGAAGGAAUUGUGGGAAUUCAACAAUCAAUCUCUCGUGUAACGUGACAGAUAAAUAAUUCAACAACAAUCCACCCGUUGCAGUAGAUAGAAGUGGUUGUAAACUAACGGCUUAGGAUUGAACAGUGGCUCAAGGCAACCUCAACAGUAUAAGAAAGAAUCGUUAAAGAUGAAGAUAACAGAGAAGGAGAACAGUGGUUGUAAUAAUCAGCAAUCAUCAUGAUUCGUGUAAAAUUCAAUCCAGAUGCUCCACUACUGUUCUUCACAUUAGAAACUUGGACUCAUCAUCAUCGCGUCUGGGAAAGUAGUCCUUGAAUUUGGCAUUUUUUGAGACUGUGCAACUAGGAAAAUUGACUGAUUUUAUCUUAUUCACUUAUUUACACCGUCGUCCUCCUCAAAUAUAUUUUCUAUUGGAUCGCUACAAUUUUUAAUUGGAUGAACAAACCGUCUUUGUAAACUCAGGCCUGAUAUUUUACUUUCCGAAUUUCUGCAAUUAAUCAAAAAUCAUCAUCGUCUCUGGAAAAUGGACUACAGGAAUAAGUAUAAUUGUGGAUGUCAAACGCACAACAACGACGACCGGCUGGUCUAUAUUAAUUCAGUCAAAAUUUAAUGAUCAGAGAGGAAAAAAUACUUGUACGUAGUUGCUACUACUUUUACUGCGUCCUGUACCGAAACACUGCACACAUAGACUGAUUGACACUCAAUUGCAAUAUUUCUGUUAAACGCACCACUAGGAUAUAUAAUUAUGGGCGAUGUUGAUGACUGGGUUGACAAAGCUGAGGAAGAAAGGUUGGGAAUAAUCGGUAAAUACGACAAAGGCCGAGAAGAAGGAGCAGAGAUAGAACCAUGGGACGACCCUGCGUUUGAAAUUUAUCAUGUAACCGACCACUAUGGAUUCAUUCAUGACCAACGUUUCCCUCUUAAAUUCAACCCUGAAGAAAACAAGUUUAGAUUCGUUGAAGCAGAGAGAGCAGACAAGUGGGUGAAGAUGCAUGCGAGCUGGGAUAAGUACAAAAGCAGUGACAAGUUGAGAAACAGAACGUUUAAAGGAAUUCCGAAUAAAGUUCGUGGCUUCUUCUGGGGAUUAUUUCUAGACUUGCCAACAAUUAAGGAACAGCAGAAAGGAAAAUAUGAGGAAAUGUACCAGCUAGCAAGACAACAUUCCUUAGAUGUGCGUCAAAUCGACCUGGAUGUCAAUCGAACUUAUAGAGAUAACAUAAUGUUCCGAGAGAGAUAUGGAGUCAAACAGCGUUCUUUGUUCAACAUCCUUUGUGCAUAUUCAAUAUACAAUUCCGAAGUCGGGUACUGCCAAGGAAUGUCGCAGGUAGCCGCACUGCUCCUGAUGUACAUGGACGAAGAAGAUGCAUUUUGGGGGCUCUCUCAGCUUAUGACACAUCACAAAUAUGGAAUGCACGGAUUUUUCAUUGCGGGUUUUCCGAAGUUAGUGCGUUUUCAAAAACACCAUGAUAAAGUGUUAAAAUCAAUGAUACCCAAGUUGAAGAAACACUUUGACAAGCACGGAGUCGAUGUAGGCUUAUACACAUUGAAAUGGUUUUUCCAGUGCUUUUUGGACAGAGUUCCUUUCGAACUUGGCCUCCGCUUGUGGGACAUAUUUUUAAUGGAUGGUGAUAGAGUCUUAACGUGUGGAGCGUAUUCAAUACUCAAAAUGCACCACAAACAAUUGCUGGCAAAAAAGAAUAUGGACGACCUGCUCGACUAUUUGCAAUCGUCAAUUCCGAACGACCUAACUAUCAGCAACGACAAAGCAAUUGAAAUCUAUCAACGCUGCUUAGAGGAUUUGCAAAGAAAGAAACUUGACGUUGCAGGAGACGUGGGCGAGGAUGAAUUACCAAAAAAGCCGUUUGGAUUGAUUGAGAACAUUGUCAAGCCCAUCCCAGUCAGAAAAGAGCAGCGAAUUUCUAUGCGAUUGAAUCGAACCCCACCCAUGGCACAGAAGGAGCUUACUGACAACAGUGAAUGCGAAAGUCGCGAAGAAGAGGAUGAGGAUGCAUCGUCAGAGAAAGCUUCUGCAUCUCGAGUGACGGUCACAUCCGCUGCUUCUUCUUCAAUGGCAAACUCUCCUAGAAAUAUUAGUCGUCCACUCUCUAGUAUUUCCAACUUCUCCUAUGCUUCUGCUAUUGAAGAUUACAACUCUUCAAACAAGUCAACCCCAUUGAAGAUGAAUGGAGUAUCAUCGUCAUCUAAUAAAUCCAAAAGCAGCACUGUCCACAACUCGGAUUACAAGGUGACAUCCGUCGGAUACGGCUGGUAUGAGUCUAAACCGGAGCGAGAGGAGGAAGAAGACGAAGAGGGAUCAAUGGAAAAUGGGUCUGUGGAAACAGUCGAGUCAGUAGAGUUGAUGGACACCCAGAUAAUUAGCGUGCAUCAAGGUCCUCAAGGAGACUACUCUACCGGAUACUCUGAAGAUUAUAAAGUUUCUUUUAAGACUGGGAAGGGCGUACGGAUAAAUAAUGAAAGGAGUGGUCGGACGCCUCCGCCCCCUCCAGCACGAUCUCUAGACCCCAAACCACACCCACCACUUUCAAGCAUAAUUCAUUCGACCACCAUUCCAGUGGUGGAAAGUAGUAGUAGUAUGGGCAGCAGUAGUCACAACGGUGAUAAAAGUAUUAUUAAUAGACGGGAAACAGCGGUCGUGUCGUCGGCUAGGCUUUCAUCAUCAUCAUCAUCUAGGUCAGCCGUCAAGGAGCACUCAAAAAUUUCCCCCAUAUCAGACGCACCCUCGUGGUCGUCAUCUUCAAUAAGCAUUCCAAGUGGUGGAGAAGCUGUUAGAAUACAUGUGCCAUAUAGCAACUCCAAUGACAUUUCAACUAUCCCUGUUUCAACAACUCCUGUUCCUGUCACCCCAAGAAGCAACUUUGAUACUCUAAAAAACGACCCUAACCGUAUCAAAAUAGACAUAUCUUCGAAAUAAAUAGAUCUAUAUACUCCGAAACAUACAUACAUAAUAACAAUAUGUAGACCGUACAAUAACCAAUAUGUAAAUCUAUCAUGCUAAAUACAUUUUACCUCAAACCUGAAGUCUAUGACCUAAAUUCCUAUUUCAUAUUCCAAAUGGCAUCCUGCUAUUACCUAAAAUACUUACUUAAAUUUAAUCCAACCAAUGCUUAUGCUUAAUUAAAAACAUUCGACAUAUCGUGAUUGAAACUUACAUAAGGGCCUCGUCCGUUUUAUGUUAAUUUCUAUAAGACUAGGAGCUAU